UUGCUAAGUAUGCAUGUAGUCCUUUAACUCCAAUUGAACAUUUGUUAUUACUUAUUUUUCUCAUCUAGUUAGAGAACUACAAAAGUAGCUUCUUUUAGAGUGCGCGUUGGAGAUCAAGAAGAAGAGCGAGAAUAAGAGCUUCAAUGUCGACCGACUGGGGCCCAGUAAUCAUCGCGGUGGUCCUCUUCAUCCUCCUAUCGCCAGGUCUCCUAUUUCAGAUUCCCGCGAGGGCAAGAGUUAUCGAGUUUGGUAACAUGUACACAAGCGGGAUCUCAAUUUUGGUCCACGGUAUCAUCUUCUUUGCAAUUAUGACCAUCCUCGUGAUCGCGGUCGGCGUACAUGUGCGCGUAGGCUGAUAAAAGGAAAAAAAAAAAGGUUCAAUCACACCUCAAGUGACUUUCUCUUUGCUUAGGGUUUAUCAUUCUAUGGUGUAUAACUUGGUAUAGUCACUAGUUGUGUCACUUAUUAACACAAGUUAGCUACAAUAUGAGUUUUAUGAUUUAGAUUUAAAAUUGUACUUAAUUAUAUUAUUUGUGUUUUGUAAAUGGCCAGAUGAAUUUUAGCUUAUUGUCGGGAUUAAUUGAAGAAGAAUCUAGAUCCUAACAGGGAUUAGCAAACACAGUCAAAGUAGUUAAAUUGCAUGCUGUAAAAUAUAUAUGUGCUUGAGUUUUUUUGUUA